UUGAAGUAAAAUAAUUUCGUAGACGUUCGAGAGAGAGAGUAAACCCGUUGCACUCGCUGCAUUAAACAACAUCCUUUUUUUGGCCGCAUCUACUACCUCUAACUAUGCUUUCCGAGAGUCCAGCAUUGAUCGUAGCUUUUCUUCGCCGUGAUCGUCGGGAUGAGUUAUUAGAAGGGGGCACUUCGUAUCCUUUAACCUGUUGCUGAACUCUGCUGACAUGUCGUGAUGCGCAGUUGUCUUUUUUCUUGGCCGUGCAGUCCUUCUCGUAGUGGUAGCAAUGCCGCUUUAAAAAGCUGGAGGCAGGAGAACCAGGCACGUAGCACGUCCGUGGCCCCGUUGUCCCACACAAAAGGAUUUCUUCGAGCGCACGAUAAGAAUAUCUUGAAAAACUACCAGGAUUUUUUUUGCUAAUCGGGGAAGGGGAUAUUACUCAAGUAGAGCAGUUGUAGAACAAAAGAACAGGGGUGAUACACAGGAAUAGUCGACUUCAGAGGCAUCGCACUUCUCGUCACUAGAAGUUAAAGCUUGAAAACAACAUGCGCGCUCCAACAAACCCACGCGCCAGCUCAUUCGACGCACAGCGCUAUUACUCGAAUGGCGGAGCCGCGCGGGCGUCGAUGCCCGGGGGACUCGGGGCUGCCGUUUCUUCGAGUACUUCGCCUUUACUUUCAUCCCGAGUUUCGAAUAAUGUUAUGUAGUGAGGUCACGAACGUUCUAAUCUAGCGAUCUUUUUGACAGGCAGUGCGCAAAACGACCGGCAGUUUUCAAGCGGCCGGAAGUGUUUUUGGACAAAAAAAAUUUUCAAUUAUCAAGCGGCCGUGGCUUUGCCAACAAACAAGCCCGGGCGGAUUCUAUCGGUUCGCACUGGAUAAAACGACGCAGGGGAGCCGGCAAAAGGGACGCCCUUCCGAGGCGGCUAGCGCACCUAUUUCCGCCGAUUUAGGGCGCCCAAAAAGGGGCGCCCAAAAAUUGGCGGCGGGAAAAAGAAAGCGAAGCCGCGUGCUAUGGGCACCAUUUUUGCCCAUUUUUCGAGGCCGCAGAGCCGGCCACCAAAGUCGGGCACUUGUAAGGCGGGGGGCAGUCCAAAAGUUGCCACUUUUCAACAAAAAAAAACAAAAAGCGGAAAGCUCGCCAAAAGCUAAAAGCUCACCCGCAUGCUAUGGGCCCGAUUUUGGGGGCCCAUGGGGGUGGGCCUCGUGGAGGCCCUGGGGUGGCUAUAGCAGGCGGGAAAGCGUUUCGAUUCAGGGAAGCGCUUCAGCAAAAAAAAGCCAAAGGACGCAAAUCCCGCCAAAAGCAGCAAGCCAAUCCGCAUGCUAUGGGCCCGAUUUGGGGGGCCCACAGGGCCGACCCUGGCGGAGGCCCUUGUGGGGCCAUAGCGUGCGGGAAAGCGUUUCGCCUCUGAAAAGAGCGAAAAGACCCGGCGCCGUCCAGUCAAAAAGACCCUGCGUGACCUCACUACCCCCGCCUCGGCGGCUAUAUUUGGCAACGUUAAUCUUAAUUUCCAUUUUGCUUUUCAUCCUCACGUCUGUCAGCACUAGUAGAAGUUCGUUUCUUUUUACAACUUGCAGUACUCCUAAUUGUAGUAGGCAUUAAAUACUAACCUUGUGUUGUCGCUAAAUAAAGCUAUGUCAGCUAGUACGACACACCAUGAUGAAGCAGAAACAUCAAGAAAUCAUUGGUGCAGGUCCGUCGCAAGUUCAGCGAUCAAGUAUGGGCCUUUCGCGCUCUGGUAGCAUGGCCGGUUUAUCCCCAUCAAAAGCCGCAAACCGUCCGAAUGCCUAUGGUGGGGCAAUGACACACUCCCAGCGGAAGGAAAACGCACGGAAGGCCAACAUGUCCAACUCCCAGGCGUUCAAGCAGCAACAGGAGGAGCGAGAGAAGAAACCCAAGAUCGUGUUUCUUGACGUGGACGGAGUAUAUUUUUAAUGCCGUUCUUCUUUCUACAUUGAAGACAUUGUUCACUUCUUUCCAACGUCAAAGACUACAACUGCUUUCAUUGCACAUGAUUUUUGAGUCUGCAUUUUUUGUUGGCGUCUGUAUUCGAUUUUGUGCAUUUAAUGUUUCCGCACACCGAAGGCAAGAACGCAGGGAAAGUUGCAAAUCAGGUAAGGCGCAGCUGCGGAUGAUCCACCACAUUCGCAUGAAGGUCUUCUGCUACUUACAUACACUUGUUACACAGUCACUGUCAAGGGGAAAAAUAUUAAAGCAAAUGAAAACCAGGUUCUCCACUCAAUUCGCGUGACGCGACAAGAGCAGCUAUUCAACGCACAGAAGAUGGGCCUGCUUCGCAGAAUACUCCAAGCGUCCGGCGCGUCAAUCGUUCUCUCGUCCGCUUGGCGAAGAACUCCGCCAACGCUACGCAUGGCAUACCAAAUGUUGGCCAAACACGGCAUAGAAACGCCGAUCGACAUUACGCCGGAUUUUGGUAUCUGCGGGAAACGGUCCGCGGAGAUCCUAACUUGGGUGGAUAAAUAUCAAAUCAAAGGUACCUACGUACCGCUACUUAUGCUUUUUCUUCAGGGUAAUCUUCAUCUUGUUCAUGAGUUUUUUUAGAGGUGGAGCCUUCAUCUUUCUACCAUCUACGGUGUGACGAUAAAAAAAUUGCGCGAAUUGAUUCGAUGACGCAAGUUGUACAGAGCAAGAAGGAGGAGCAUGCAAUACAUAAUUUCAGAUUGGAUCGCCAUUGACGAUAUGGAUCUGAACGCCGGCGAGCCGCGCAUGCGACCGCAUUUCAUCAAGUGCAAUCCGCUGGUUGGUCUGACGAGCGACCUCGUUGAGCAGUCUAUCAACAUUCUGAACAGAAACGAUUGCGCUGUCGAGAUCCCUACCGGAACGAGCAUCUUGACUAACGCGGUGAGCAGCACCAGCCUCGUCGGCGGCCCAGGAGCAGCUUCUCAGGCCGAGGACGGAGCGAGCGGGGCGCCGCCGAGCGGUCUCCCGAACGGCGCCAGUCGACGCGUGGUUAGCCCUUCUCUGAACUCUUCCGUCGCGAACGGGGGCGCAGCGUCGUCUCCUGCGAAGCAGCAGCAUCUCCGUGCUGGGAUUCAUCAUCUGCCGACGACGGGAACUGGCGGGUCGUCCGGCAAACUCAAAUCCUCUUCUUUUGCGGACCUCAAGCACACCGCGAAGCCACUCAUGGCUCGCGUGUAACAAGGCCCGCGCCCGUUGUGGUUAAGGUUAUGCUUAUGUUGCGAGAUGACUAAUAAAUAGGACUGAACAAUUUUUUGAUGGCGGUAGGACGCUACAACUAGAACUCCUGCCUGCUGAUGGGAUUUUUUCGCGUUUGUCAUCGCAAACAUGAUGUUGUCGCUGCUUGCAUCCUUGUCUAGCAUGAUCAAGAUGUUGAUGUUGAAACGCUAUCUCAAACCGGGGAUCUCGCCAAGAAAUAAUUUGCUUCUCAGAUGCGUACUGUUCAUCUUCUGAUUUACAAUUUUUACUUUAAGGAGAACUCUUCCGCUCGUCAUGACUCAAAAAGACGAGAGUAGGGCCAUCUUUCUUCGACUUUGUAUUUAUUGGUUACUUGUAGUUUCACAUUGUUUCGUAUUUCCAAAAACAAAUAAGAACUCUGUAGUUGUUGUAUGCAUAGCUUCUGAAGGAUUACUAGUCUAUUUAUGAUAACAUGGUCAAAAAUGUAUACCACUUUUUAUUUGGAUGCGGAAAACAGUUCUUGCUACUUUACCAAAACCUCAACUGUAUAUAUGCAUUUCUUCACCCGAUUUCGCUAAGAUUUUCAAUCAAAGCAGCGCUCUCUUCGCUUCUUUAUUACCGGGAUAUCAUCGACCUUUUUUCGACAUCGGCUCGAGGAUGAAGUGGUUGCGCUAUAGUGCGUAAUUUCAACGACGUGACGACUCGCCUUCUGUCUGACGUCAAGAACCUCAACAACAAGAGCACUGCCACUUUGUUUCUACCCUUGUUUCGUAAACCCUGUAAAAUUUUGGUUCUGGGAACAUUUCACUCCGACUCUAUCCGAGC